AUGCUAAAAAUUAUCUUCCCCUCGCUCAUAUUAAUUCCACUAACUUGAUUAUCAAAUAAUAAGCUAAUAUGAAUUAAUGUUUCCUCACACAGCUUUCUAAUUAGCUUAAUUAGUUUAACCCUUUUAUGACAAAACAAUACAACUAGCACCGCCUUUUCACCUAUAUUCUUCUCUGAUGCUACUUCAACCCCCUUAAUUAUCCUAACAGCAUGACUCCUACCACUCAUGGUCCUAGCUAGUCAAAAUCACCUAAGUAAAGAAAAAAACAACUACAAAAAACUGUAUCUCUCCAUAUUAAUCUCACUACAAAUUUCUCUUAUCAUAACCUUUUCUGCUACAGAACUUAUCAUAUUCUAUAUCCUCUUUGAAACUACUCUAAUUCCAACACUCGUUAUUAUUACACGAUGAGGUAACCAAACGGAACGACUAAACGCCGGACUAUACUUCUUAUUCUACACACUAGCAGGCUCGAUCCCGCUAUUAGUUGCACUAAUCCUAAUACAAACUCAAACAGGAACCCUAAAUUUCCUCAUUAUAUCACUCAAUAAUUCCCCACUUAACCUAACAUGAUCCAAUAACAUUAUAUGACUAGCGUGUAUAAUAGCUUUUCUAAUCAAAAUACCCCUAUACGGUGUUCACUUAUGACUACCUAAAGCCCACGUAGAGGCCCCAAUCGCAGGAUCUAUAGUACUAGCAGCAAUUCUUCUCAAACUCGGAGGCUAUGGAAUAAUACGGAUCUGUAUUAUGCUAGACCCUAUCACAAAAUCUCUCUCCUAUCCUUUUAUUCUCUUAUCUUUAUGAGGUAUAAUUAUAACUAGCUCAAUCUGCCUACGACAAACAGACCUAAAAUCACUAAUCGCCUACUCCUCAGUCAGCCAUAUGGCACUAGUAGUCGCAUCAAUCAUAAUUCAAACCUCAUGAAGUCUUAUAGGAGCUAUAGCACUUAUAAUUGCACAUGGCUUAACAUCAUCCCUCCUAUUUUGUUUAGCCAACACAAACUACGAACGAACCCAUAGCCGAACUAUAACUUUAGCUCGAGGACUACAAAUUAUUUUUCCACUAAUAGCCACUUGAUGACUUCUAACAUGCCUAGCUAAUCUAGCACUUCCACCUUCAAUCAACUUUAUGGGAGAGUUAAUGAUCAUAAUAUCUUUAUUUCACUGAUCUAACCCCUCCAUUAUUCUUACAGGUAUAAACAUAAUAAUUACAGCCCUAUACUCAAUAUAUAUAUUGACUAUAACCCAACGAGGAAAAAUUACAGACCAUACUAAGCACCUCCAACCAUCCCAUACACGAGAACUGACACUAAUAGCACUUCACAUCUUACCACUUAUUCUUCUAUCAAUAGACCCCAAACUAGUCGCAAACUUCAUAGUAU